AUGUCUGAAUCGCUCUCGUUGACCGGCAUCGGACCGCCGUCCGACACCAAGGAUCAAAAAUCAAAAUCAUACUCGGUGAACGUGCAACAGGAAAACAUGUCGCUCAACGCCAAUGGAUCUCCGCCAUACGAUCCUCACGCGCACAGGAUACUUGAACAUCCCACCACAAAUUCCGAGACCCUCAUCCACUUGCUCAAAGGCAGUUUGGGAACCGGGAUUCUGGCUAUGCCCAAUGCCUUCUACAACUCCGGACUUCUCGUCGGAACCGUGGGCACCAUACUUAUCGGCAUCCUGUGCACGUAUUGCUUGCACGUCUUGGUUAGAUCUCAGUACCUGUUGUGCAAGAAACACCGAGUGCCCAUACUCAGCUAUCCGGAUUCCAUGAAAUACGCCCUACAAGACGGUCCGGCCUUUUUGAAAUUCGGAGUUCCUCUUUCUGCGAUUGUCGUUGACGGGUUUUUGAUCGUCUACCAAUUGGGAAUAUGUUGCGUGUACAUCAUGUUCAUCGGGACCAGCAUCAAACAGGUGUUGGACAUUUACAUCGAACCGAUGAACGAGAGGUACUACAUGUUGAUGAUGCUGAUCCCAUUGGUGGCCAUCAAUCUCAUCAGAAACUUGAAGCUGUUGGCGCCCUUCUCGCAGGGGGCAAACAUCAUCACGUUCGCCGGACUUGCCAUUGUGCUCUGGUACAUAUUUGUCGACCUGCCCCCCAUAUCUUCGAGACCGUUGAUCGGUGAACCGAGAAAUUACACCUUGUUCGUGGGCACAACCCUAUUCGCGUUGGAAGCCGUCGGCGUGGUAUUGGCGCUGGAGAACAAUAUGAAAACCCCGGCGUCCUUCGGUGGUACAACCGGCGUACUUAACAUCGGUAUGACCAUCAUCACAAUUAUGUACGUUGGUAUGGGCUUCUUCGGGUACGUCAAGUACGGUGAAUUUGUAGAGGGCAGUGUGACGCUCAAUCUACCGAAUGGGGACAUCCUCUCGCAAGCGGUAAAACUUAUCUUCGCGGUCGCCAUAUUCAUCACGUACGCGCUACAAGCCUACGUGCCGGUGGAAAUCAUCUGGAAUACGUACAUGAAGAAGAGGGUUCAAAACUGGGACAAGACGACCAUGGAAUAUCUGCUCCGUAUCAGCGUUGUGCUCGUUACGUUCCUGCUUGCCGUCGCCAUUCCGCUGUUGGACUUGUUCAUAUCGCUGUUCGGAGCCCUGUGUCUGUCCGUGUUGGGCAUCGGGUUCCCGGCUCUCAUAGAGAUCUGCGUCCUGUGGCCCGAACGCAACUUCGGCCGCUUCAAUUACGUACUCAUCAAGGACAUCAUAUUGAUCAUCAUCGGCAUCCUGGCCCUGGUGCUGGGCACGUACAUCAGCUUGCAGGACAUCGCCCGCAAGUUGUAG